AUGGGCGCGGCCGGGCGACUCCUGAGCUCCGUGAUCAUGGUCUCCCCGGGCUCAGGCAAGCACACCCUGUCAUUGCGCAUCAUCAAACACUUCGAGCUCAAGAAGCUCUCCAGGGACCUGCUCCGAGACAACAUGAUAAGGAACACAGAAACUGGUAUACUGGCCAAGACGUUCAUGGACCAGGGGAAGCUGGUGCCGGACAGCAUCAUGAUUCGGCUGGCCCAUCACGGGCUGAAGGAUCUCACUCAGCAGAGCUGGCUGUUGAGUGGCUUCCCCAGGACUCCCCCACAAGCCCAAGCCCUGGACAGAGUGCGUCAGACACAGAUGGUGAGGAACCUGAACGUGCCCUUUGAGGUCAUCAUGCAACGCCUCGCUGCUCGCUGGCUUCACCCAGCCAGUGGCCGCGUCUACAACCUUGAAUUCAACCCUCCCAAAGUGGUCGGCCUGGAUGAUCUGACUGGAGAGCCUCUCGUUAAGCGUGAGGAUGGUAGACCAGAGACGCUUAUCAAGAGACUGAAGGCUUACAAAGACCAGACAAAACCGGUCCUGGAAUAUUACCACAAAAAGGGGGUGUUGGAAAUGUUCUCCAGAACAGAAACCAGUAAGCUCUGGCCCUAUAUACAUGCUUGCCUGCAAACGAAAUGUCCCACAAAUACACCAGAAGCAUCAAUUACUCCAGGAGGAAAUAUACUUCAAGCUUUGAAAAUUGUUGUAAUGUCUGGAGACUGGAAGAAAUAUUCAAAAUUGGUGGUGGUGGUGGUGGUGGUAAAGGACUCCAAAUAG